AUGUUGCGCAUUGGUCCUUUUCACUUCUGUGGAGGUUCUCUCAUCAACGACAGAUGGAUCCUGACUGCGGCUCAUUGCACGGAGAGUCUCAAAGCGUCAGACAUCACUGUGUACCUGGGACGCCACACGCAGGAGCAGACCAACCCCAACGAGGUGGUGCGCACCGUGAUGCAGAUCAUCAACCACGCAAAGUAUUACGAAGACACGUUUCAGAACGACAUCAGCCUCCUGCAGCUCAACGACACUGUGUCCUUCAGCGACUACAUCCAACCGGUGUGCCUCGCCGCGCACGGCAACGAGCCCGACAGCGGCACCAACGUGUGGGUCACGGGCUGGGGCAACAUCAACAAGGGCGGUCAGCACUAA